AUGGUUGUUUCUGAGUCUGGCCCCAUGUUUAUCAAAUCUGUAGAUUGUUCUGGUGAAGUGAAAGAUAAGCAAUUUAUUACUAAUUUACUAAAAGAAGCAAUUGAUGAGGUGAGUCAUCAAAAAGUGGUACAAGUCAUUACUGAUAAUACUUCAAAUUGUAAAGGUGCUGGAGAAAUCAUUGAGGAAAUGUUGCCACAUAUUUAUUGGACUCCUUGUGUUGUGCACACUCUUAAUCUUGCUUUGAAGAAUAUAUGUGCAGCAAAAAAUUUGGAAACUAAUCAAGAAACUUUUGAUGUGUAUCACUGUAUCACUGAAAUCCAUGGGGAUGCUUUGCAAAUCAAGAAUUUUAUAAUGAAUCAUUCCAUGAGGCUUGCAAUUUAUAAUCAGUUUAGCCCUUUGAAAUUGCUUUCAGUUGCUGACACUCGUUUUGCUUCUAUUGUUGUGAUGCUUAAAAGAUUUAAACUUAUUAAGCGUGCUUUAGAAGCAAUGGUUAUGAGUGAUCAAUGGGCACAAUACCGAGAAGAUGACCAAGGCAAAGCUAGAUUUGUUCGUGAUAAAGUGAUAGAUGAGGAUUGGUGGGAAAAGGUUGAUUACAUCAUUGCUUUUACUGGGCCCAUUUAUGACAUGAUCAGAGUUUGUGACACAGACAAACCAUACCUUCAUUUGGUUUAUGAGUUGUGGGAUUCUAUGAUUGAAAAGGUGAAGCAAGUUAUUUUUUAUCAUGAAGGAAAGCAAGCGGAUGGGUUUUCUCCUUUUUAUUAUGUGGUUCAUCGAAUUCUUGUUGAUCGUUGGGCAAAGAGCAACACUCCCCUUCAUUGUUUAGCCCAUUCAUUAAAUCCAAGGAAGAUUUUUUCUAAUGAAGAUGAGCGAAUUAGAGCAAAUGAUGAAUUUGCAAAUUUUUCUUUGAAAAGUGGACCUUUUGCUGAUCCUGAUUCUAUUGGAAGUAUGUAUGUUACAGAUCCUAGGAAAUGGUGGGCAUGUUUUGGUUCUAAUGAACCUAUACUUCAAAGAAGGAAUAAAUUAACUCCAAAACGUGCAGAGGACUUGGUUUUUAUCCAUAAUAAUCUUCGUCUUUUGUCGAGAAACUCCUCCCAAUAUUAUGAUGAGAAGAAAAAAUUGUGGGAUGUUGGUGGUGAUCAAUUUGGGAGCAUGGAAGAUGUGGGAGUUCUUGAAUUUGCCAACCUUUCAUUAGAUGAACCAGAGUUAAAGUCUGUUUUGUUUGAUGAAAAUGAAACUACAAGCAUGGAGAAGGAGAAUGAGAAAAACAGUGAAGUUGAGGAAAUGUCAUAA